AUGGCGCCUUCACAUUCGUUUAAUAUUUUGUCGCUCGUUUUGACUAUUUUACUUCUACCAUUUACAUGGGCUAGACCAUGGAUCGUCACCGAGGCCUAUGAACAGGUCCGUGUGACUGAGUAUGAUUAUUACUAUGAAACCGAAGAUCCGACAAUCACCACUUCUAUUCAGGAGAUCCAACCAACAAUAUCUCCACUUCCAGAAGCCUUGUCCACUAUUACUUCUAUCGACAGCUCUUCCGAUGUGACUAUCAUCCAAAAACUCUACCCAACCAGCGUCGGCACUCCAGUGUAUUAUAACUACUACGACGACGACACCGAUGAAUAUCACUAUACCGUCUACGUGGUGAAUAUCACCUACACCGCGCCAACAUCAUGUUCAUCCGACUGGACGACCACAUCAGCUGUCCCUGUCUACCCACCAGAUGGAGUGGAGAGUCUUCUCCCAACAACCGCCAGAUCAACCUCAGUAUCAGUCGAUGACUCGGAGCCUUUCUCACCAACAACCUACACCUACGACUACAUCUUUGUUGAACCUACCCAAGUCCCAUCCGAUACAUACAGCUACCUCAGCUCAGAAUAUUACCCAGCGACAAUGGAAGAUACCUGCGGUUACCCAUAUAACAGUGACAGCAGUAGCAGCAGCAGCAGCAGCAGCAGCAACAGCGACUGUACGUACUACUAUGGCUGCAGUGGAUACUGGGACGAAUCAGACAACUGGUGGUUCGACUCAUACUGGAUGGGCAUCUCCCCCUUCGCACUAGUAAUGAUCCUAACCUUCGGCUGGAUCGGUAUCUGGUUAAUUGCCGGCUUCAUCGAAGCAUGGGUACGUUUCCGCCGCCUGAUGCUAGGCUGGCAAACGCGACGCGGUCUCCCACUCUGUUGGGCAUUUACCAUUCUCCCCUUGACACUUCUGUUCAUCAUCGCAUGGCGGAAGGGCUUCCGUCCCCGAAGCCAAGCAGAUGCCGCAGAACUGCGCAAGCAGUGGGAUAGCUAUAGAUUUGGGAAGAAGCUGAAGUUGUUCUUUGUUUGGGGAUUCCGGUAUAAGUACCCGACUGUGCUGGGUGAGGCUCCAAUGCCGGUGAAUAUGCGGACAAGACCUAGCAAGAAGCCGGGUGAUGUUGAUUGGAAGCAGCCUCGUGAGUCGUUGUUGAGUCCUCCUCAGCCUAUGGUGCAGGUUGAGGCUUCGGGGGCGUUGAAUGGGCAACGUGAGGUACCUAGGGAGGGGCUUUCUGAGGGACCUUCUGCAGGACCCUCUGCGGGACACCUGGGGUCUGAGGGACAACCGGAAGCACACUCCGAGGCUCACUCCGAAGGGCAGCCUGCUGUUCGCCCUGCUGGUGAUUCUGAUGACAUCGGUCGGGCUGCAUGA